AUGAUUAGAUUACAUGUAUGGCAGCAGAAUCUCAACACCUCCCUCACCGCACAACACUCCCUCCUCAAUGGUCCCAUCACCAACAAAUGGGAUGUGAUAGCACUACAAGAACCACACAUAAACCACAUGAAAAACACAAUAUCAUCACCAUACUUCCAUGCUAUAUACCCAACAACUCACUUCUCUUCUCCCAAAACCACCUCACACGCUGUUACUCUAAUCUCUAAAUCCCUUAAUACUAACUCCUGGCAGCAAAUCCCCUUCCCCUCCCCUGAUGUAGUCGUCACUCAAUUUCUUGGCCCAUUUGGACAAUGCACAGUGUUCAACAUCUACAACAACUGCACCUGA